UUGAUGCCCCCAGAAGCGAUAACCAACUGGUUGAAGCAUCACUAUCCCAAACCCCACAUUGAUCCUGAGUGGCUUCAAGCAUGUUACGACUGGAUCGUUACCGAGAAGAAUAUGAACCCAGCCACUGAUAUGCAAAAGAUCAUCGAAGAAGUCGAAAUACAGUUGCUUGAAUCCGACUUACGCGACUCUAUGUUGCAUGGCACCGGUAUACCAAACAACGUCGCAAACAUCAAUACUGCGUAUUCCAAGCUGACUGGACCUCCUAUUCUCGUGCAAAUUGAAGCAAUCACGGAUGUUGGAGUCAGCGCGUAUAGCUUGCACAAGACGCGUCUUAUCAGGGAAGAAAGAAGAGAUGCAGGCGAAGAACAAGAGGGUGAGGCAGACGGUGAAGUUGAGGGUGAAGGGCCAAUCCCAAAUUAUACCCGUUCAAUGUUGAGGCUGGAAUUGAGCGACGGUGCGACGACAUUGCGAGCCGCCGAAUAUCGCCCAAUACAUGAACUUACCCUCGGUCACACGCCUCUCGGAUACAAAGUGAGUGGCAGAACUCCUGUGAAUGAGAAAGUGCGGUUCUUACGUGAUGGUAUCCGUACUGUAUGUAGUUGCAGAUUCAGAAUGCCGAAGUACGCAGGGGAAUAA